GAACAACUAAUUCUCAAUAGAUAAAAAUUAUCAAUAUUGAUAGUCAAUUUAAUAAUCAAAAUAUCAUUAACAUUUUUACUAGCCAUGAUAAUCCAUUGGCUACGAAGUGGUAAACAUGCGUUUUUUACAAUCAUCCAAUCUUCAAUCAUAUUGACGUUGUUUUUGUUAAUAAUUACACCCAGAUUUGGGCGUUCAACAUUGAGCCGAUCUGAUCGUCGGCCAUCCAAAACGCAUCAGCCAAUUGAACCAAAUCCGCCAGUACUGGAGACCGUAUAUGAACGAUCAUUGGUUGUUUCAAGUGUAAAACCAAAAGAUAUCUUACGUGAACAUCGAUCGUAUAGUCUGAAUGGACAACAAACCAAAAAUUUCAACGGAACCGUUUUGGCUUAUGUGACGCCUUGGAAUUCACAUGGUUACGAUAUUGCGAAAUUGUUUGCGCGAAAAUUCACGCACAUUUCACCUGUAUGGCUUCAAGCCAGAUUAAAUAAGGAGGAAAAUGAUAUUAUUGUCGAGGGUAAACACGACAUCGAUUAUGGGUGGAUGCAAGAAUUACGUACUGAAAAUGAUCGGAUCAAAAUUGUACCCCGUGUUCUUUUUGAACGUAUGACCCAUUCACAGUAUCUACAAUUGAUCACCGAUUCUUCAUUAGCACGACAGAUCGGUCGACAUCUAGCUGAUCUGGCACGAAAAUAUGAAUUUGACGGUUAUGUAGUAGAGAUAUGGCGUGCAUAUGCCGGUCAACAUCGAUUGGAUCUUGCAAGAAUGUUUGAAUGGAUUACCGACGAACUGUCACAGUCAAAUCUUGAGCUUCAUAUUGCCGUCCCACCUCCCAUUCAUUAUGGGGAUUCUCUUAGCACAUUCCAAAAAGAUGACAUUGAACGUUUAGCACCAUAUAUUCAAGGAUUUUCUGUUAUGACAUAUGAUUAUUCCGAUCCAUCCAGACCGGGUCCUAAUAGUCCAUUACACUGGAUACAAAAGUGUAUUCGACUAUUAGCACCGAAAGAUACAAGUCCAGUGCGGAAAAAAAUCUUAAUCGGAUUAAAUUUUUAUGGUAACGACUAUUCAAUUACCGGUGGAGGGCCGAUUCUUGGUACACGCUACAUAGAAAUUCUGGAAAAACAUAGACCAAAAAUUCUAUGGGAUGAGUCAUCGGCUGAACAUUAUUUCGAAUACAAAGAAUCUUCUGGUCGUAAUCGUGUAUUCUAUCCGACAUUAUAUUCCAUACGAAAACGUAUCGAAUUGGCUAUAAAAAUGGGCACUGGAUUAUCCAUAUGGGAAAUCGGUCAAGGAUUAGAUUAUUUUUAUGAUAUUCUUUGAAAAUAAUCUAAUAAAAUGCUUAAAAA